AUGGAGAAGUACGAGAGGGGGCCAACACUGGGGAAGGGGACCUUCGGCAAGGUCUUCAUGGCGACGUGCAAAGAGACUGGCCAGCCGGUAGCCAUAAAGCGUUUCCGGAUGAUGAAGCAGAGCGAGGGCGUCAGCGUGACGGCCUACCGAGAGAUAAAGAUCCAGAAGGAGCUCGACCACCCACGCAUCGUGAAGCUCCUGGACGAGUUCGAGGACAGGGGGAAGAGCGGCAAGGGCAAGAGCAAGAUUUAUCUGGUAUUCGAGUACAUGCAUAGCGACCUCGAGGCACUAAUAUACGACAAGUCCAAGAUUCUGGAAGCAGCUGAUAUAAAGAAAUACAUGCAAAUGCUUCUGGAGGCACUGAAGUACUGCCAUGAGAGUGGAGUCCUUCAUCGCGAUUUGAAGCCCAACAAUCUUCUCAUCGCAGAGUCAGGUGAAAUGAAGCUUGCGGAUUUUGGACUCUCAAGGGAGUAUGGAAGCCCAGAUCCUCACUACACCCAUUUGGUAUUUUCACGAUGGUACCGACCACCAGAACUAUUUUUUGGUUCAAGGGCAUAUGGUCCUGCUGUUGACAUUUGGGGUGCUGGAUGCAUCUUUGCUGAGCUUAUGCUGCGUAAACCAUGGUUUGAGGGCAAUGUGGACCUUGAAACUCUGGGCAAAAUUUUUGCUGUCCUUGGUGUACCGGACAAAGACACUUGGCCGGGCGUGAGCAACCUGCCAAACUACGUAUCUUUUGAGAGCAUAGGCCUGCCCAAACCCUUGAGCGAAGUCUUUCCACAGGGAAUGCUCAAUGUUGGAUGA